GAUCUGAUCUUGCAAAUGUUACAAUCUUCUGCCACAAUCUGUUCUCAUUCUCCAGUACAGUCUUAUGGCCACUGGUGGAAAGUAUCAGCUCUGUUUAUUUUUGGUCCACAGCUACAGAAGAACUUGGAGGGCUACGUGGGAUUUGCAAAUCUUCCAAACCAAGUCUACAGAAAAUCUGUGAAGAGAGGUUUUGAGUUCACACUCAUGGUUGUGGGAGAAUCUGGGCUGGGGAAGUCGACGCUGAUCAACUCACUCUUUCUGACAGACCUGUACUCCCCUGAAUACCCGGGUCCUUCGCAUAGAAUUAAAAAAACUGUACAGGUGGAACAAUCGAAGGUUCUGGUAAAGGAAGGGGGUGUACAGCUUCUCCUCACCAUCGUUGACACUCCCGGCUUCGGUGAUGCAGUUGACAACAGUAACUGCUGGCAGCCGGUCAUCGAUUACAUCGACAGUAAGUUUGAGGAUUACCUCAACGCAGAGUCCCGGGUCAACAGACGGCAGAUGCCGGACAGCAGAGUGCAGUGCUGCCUGUAUUUUAUCGCGCCAUCUGGGCAUGGACUGAAGCCCCUCGACAUCGAAUUCAUGAAGCGGUUACACGAGAAAGUGAACAUCAUCCCACUUAUCGCCAAAGCCGACACAAUGACUCCUGAGGAGUGUCAACAAUUCAAGAGACAGAUCAUGAAAGAAAUCCAGGAGCACAAAAUAAAAAUCUACGAGUUCCCGGAGACAGACGACGAGGAGGAGAUGAAGAUGAUCAGGAAAAUCAAGGAUCGUUUACCCUUGGCCGUUGUCGGUAGCAACACCAUUAUCGAGGUCAACGGAAAGCGAGUGCGCGGGAGGCAGUACCCCUGGGGUGUGGCUGAAGUGGAGAACGGAGAACACUGUGAUUUUACAAUCCUUCGGAACAUGCUCAUCAGGACCCAUAUGCAGGACCUCAAAGAUGUUACAAACAAUGUGCACUAUGAGAAUUACCGCAGCAGGAAACUUGCUGCAGUGACCUAUAAUGGUGUGGACAACAACAAGAACAAGGGACAGCUAACCAAACCUGAGACGACUGACGGCAUGAGUCCUCUGGCACAGAUGGAGGAGGAGCGACGGGAGCACGUGUCCAAGAUGAAGAAGAUGGAGCAAGAAAUGGAACAAGUGUUUGAGAUGAAGGUCAAGGAGAAGCUCCAGAAGCUCAGAGACUCCGAGGCUGAGCUCCAGAGGCGUCACGAACAAAUGAAAAAGAACCUGGAGGCCCAGCACAGAGAACUGGAAGAGAAACGCCGCCAACACGAGGAGGAGAAGGCCAACUGGGAGGCCCAGCAGAGGAUUCUGGAACAGCAGAAACUAGACGCCUCCAGGACCUUGGAAAAGAACAAAAAGAAGAAGAUAUUUUAAUAAAUCUGGGGACCUUCCUGAUGUUACAGUGUAUUAUUUUUUUGCCAACCCGCCAGCCUUGAUUGUCAGAACACCUGUCAAUCAACUACAUCAUCCGCUGUUUGACCAUAUUACUGUGUAAUAAUCAAGUGAAAGCCAGAGGGCAGUACUGUCUGGACUCUGAAUUUAACCAAUCACUCUCUCCUGCUCAUCCUCAUAUUCCUCCUUAAAGAGCUGUUAUUAACUUUGUAUUGAUUCAGUGUACAGUCCUGUUCCAGCCCACUGCUCACAAAAACAAGUGUAUUCGCAUGGAAAACAUAAGUGGUGUUCUUCAAUCAUGACAAACUGGAGGGCAAGAGUUACUUGUACUUUGGGAAUGUUGGAUGCUGCACCGCUCUGUGCUGUAUCCUUUUUAAUGCCAAAAAACCAAACAAAGUGGUCGGCCUUUUACUUCCUGCACAUUGGCGUCAGGCUGAGGCUCACCUCAGGCACUGUUUUUUUUUUUUUAAAUAUAUAUGUAUCUUUCGGUUCACUUAUUUUAGGUAUCACAUUUAAUUUCCUCCCAAGAUGUUAUGCUCUUCCAUCUCCUGUAAUGUAAAUUGUAUAACCACAAACUGCAGUGUUUUACUUCAAUCAUUUGUAACAUUCUUAUAUUUUUUUCCUUGUUUUUUUCCUUUUGUAUUGGCCCUGGCGUAGAAAUGGUGUUCAUUUUGUUUUCAAUAUCAUAGCCGGUGUUUUCCAGCCCUGCUCUUGGAAGCCAAACAUAUAUUCCUGACUUCACUCAUGCUGAGUGUAACAACGUAAAGAAACUGCUCUUGAAGUGCUUUUACAUGAACACAUUUGAACUUCUUGUGCAGAUUUGUUUUCCAACAGAAUCAAGUCUUUCCAGGGGCAGGGUGUGGGAAGCUUCUGUUGGAUGUUGGUGGAUGAGAAAGAUGGAGCUGAGAUGCUUCAGUCAAACAGCGGUCAACUCAAUAACUGCACCAAGCUGGCUUUCUUUACAUCACAUUUAGCACUGUUGGUGUACUGCAUCUGUAUUUUGUAAUGUCUCGUUUUUAUUGUACAAAGUCACAUAAUAAAAUUGUGAUGGGGAAAAAA